ACGCGUCGUUGCUUUUGAAGCAGCAAAAGUGAGACUGUCGACCUUCCAAACUACAACGGGGAAGCGGAGACGCAUCAAAGAAGCAAACAUUUCUGUCAACUGCUGCCAUUUUAGACCCAAUGGAAAAAGGAGGAGGAGAGCGAUCAAGGAAAAGGGGCGCUUCCGGUGUAGCAUCAUGAUAAGGCUCAUAACCGACACGCUUGCUGGAGGAGGAGGAGGCAAAAAUGUGGACUGGUAUCUACUGACAGUCUCGGACUGAACACCGUCGUGUGAAUCAAUGGUGUGAAACUUUGAAACUUCUAUUUAAGAGAAGCCUGCUGAUUACCUUAAGUGCUGUCAAGUAAUGGAGGCCCAAGCAGAUGAAAAGAUAUGUGGGAAAUUGAGGCUAGCCUGCGGUCUCUACAAUUACAAGCUGAGGGACGUCUUCACGUGGGAUCUGUUGAAGACAUUGCUUAUGGGCCAGGUCUUGUCCCUGAUGAUCUGCGGCACUGCGGUAAGUUGCCAGUACCUGGCCGACGCCGGCGUGGAGGUGCCCAUGUUGCAGAGCUUCCUCAACUAUGCCCUACUGCUGCUGGCAUACUCCCCCUUCCUCUGCACCCACAAAGGAGAGCAAACCUUCUCGCAAGUUUUGAAGUCCAAGUGGUGGAAAUACCUGCUGAUGGGUCUGGCCGACGUAGAGGCUAACUACACGGUCGUCAUGGCCUACCGCUACACCACGCUGACCAGCAUCCAGCUGCUGGACUGCUUCGUGGUGCCGGUGCUGAUGGUCAUGUCCUGGUUCCUGCUGAAGACUCGCUACAGGCCGCUACACUACGUCGCCGUGACCGUUUGCCUGCUCGGCGUGGGCGCCAUGGUGGGCGCCGACAUGAUGGCCGGAAGAGACCAGGGAUCCACCAGCGAUGUCUUGUUGGGCGACAGCUUGGUGCUGAUUAGCGCCGUCCUUUACGCCGUGUCCAACAUGUGCCAAGAGUUCACCGUGAAGAACCACACCCGGGUGGAGUUCUUGGCAAUGAUGGGCUUCUUCGGGACGAUCAUCAGUGGGAUUCAACUAGCUGCACUGGAAGUUAGUGCGCUGAAGAAAAUCAAGUGGAACGUUCACAUUGCCAUGCUUUUUCUUCUCUAUGUGGUGUGCAUGUUCACACUGUACAGCUUCAUGCCGGUGGUGGUGAAGAGGACAAGCGCCACCGCUGUCAACCUGUCACUUCUCACUGCUGACCUCUUCAGCCUUUUCUGUGGGCUCUUCCUGUUCCACUACACGUUCUCAGCGCUGUACAUCAUGGCGUUCAUCUUUAUCAUGGUGGGCUUUGUCACUUUCAACGCCGUGCCCACGUACUCUGCUCAGCCCGAGCGUGAGCCCGACUCCGGCAACUCGUUGGACCAGGAGGCCCGAAGCGCAUCAGACCACCUGUUGCCAGCUGACACAGUCAGACAAAGUCAUGUGACAUUGGUCUCUGCACUCUGACGGCACAAGAAGAAGAAGCCGCAAGUCUUUCUGUUUUAAGAAAGACAGCUUAAAUGUCUUCUAUCAUACUGUUACAAAAACAGGAACAAGGCUGUUUACGUUGAUUCACAAAAAAAAAAAAAAGCUACUGUUCAUUUGUUACUUUUGCCUACCUGGUGUUGUUGAUUCACACUUCCAAAAGUGUUCUUGAUCCAGAAGUGUUCUUUUCUGCUGCUAGACCUUUUAUACCCAUUGAUUUGACGGCGUUUGUAGUUCUGCACUGCAUUACCAAUGUAUCAUAUUUGUUUUUGAUAUUCUCCUUACAAAACAUUUUGUAGAAAAGUCAACUUUUGAAGAGUACCAAAAAUGGAAGACUAUUAAAUAUUGUCAGUUUGUUAA